AUGGUCUUCGAGACACUCAACGCGACAUAUCCGACGUACACGGCCGAGAAAUCCAAGGUCAAGAGCUGGGUUCUCCUCACCCCUCACACGGCGCACUUUGCGCCCGACGCGGCCACCUGGCGGCAGGACACGAAGGCCGCGCUAUCGACCCUCGCAGCCCACGGGCUGGUCGAGUAUCACCCCACGGACGCCGGGUUCGCCGUGCGCACUGCGCCACCAAAGGCUCCCCCCAUACACAAAUCGCGGACUCCGCUGAGAGGCUCGGCAUCGCAGAGACUGCAGAGCUACUAUGCGGCUCGGGACUGGGCCAUCCUCCAGCACGGCGCGGCGCAUGCUGCCGAGUCCAUCGUGGCUGGGACGAGUGGACUGCAGUGCAUGCGUCUCGACUCUGAGACGGACACCGAAUUGACGGCCAGUAGGAGGGAUGGGAGGGGGGACGCCGUGCUCGCUGUACGACGUCAUGCGCCCGAUCACGGCUGGGCCGAGCUCGUCACGUUCUCCGCCCGAGAUGCCGCUGCUGUCCGCGCAGCGCUGAGGACGAUGGAGACCAGGCUGCCUAUGGAAUGGCACGAGAGCUGUGCCGAGGACGCGGCGGAUUGCGAGGAUGGGUGCGGAGCGGGGAAGGUUUGUCCCGAGGAGGAGGUCGAGGAGCGGGGCGUGCACUUUGUCGCGAGGCUGGAGUGGCCGACGAGUCUGAUUGAACAGGAGAGGAUCGAUCAAGGUAGCGAUGAGGGGAGGAUUAGGUUGGUGGGGAAGGAGGAGGGAGAGCAUGCGGAGGACAAGCGCAAGGAGAUUGUGAGGGGGAUGAAACUACUCAUGCGGGGGAGCGAUGGGCUCGAGAUUAACUAUCAGGUUGAAGAUGGCGAGAUCACAGUCACACCGCCGUGGGUACUCGAGCGCCACAGCGGAGGUCAUCCUGCUUUAGUCUAG